CUUGCAUCAUAGCCAGACGAUCUACACCACAGGAAAAGGUGAAGAACGCUCAAAUCUCUCAUUUUUCUGGAAACACGGCUUCAGACAUGACUUCUCCAUUUUCCCCUUACCUGAUACUCACUGCGCUCUUAGGAUUUCACUGUGAAAUCAUUACAGUGAGUAAGGUGUCAGUUAAAGCCAGAGGCUCCAUCUCCAUCCCAUGCCUCUAUGAGCCGCCUUACAGAAACCAUGUGAAAUACUUGUGUAGAGGACAUUCCUGGCUGCUCUGCUCAAAUGAAGUGAAAACAAACCAGACAGAAGCUACAUGGAAAUAUUCUAUCUCUGAUGACACAAGCCAAAGAAUCUUCACUGUGACUAUUAACGAUCUGGAAGAUUACACAGAUGACACUUGUUACUGGUGUGCUGUUCAACUUAAAAGGAAGAAAGAUGACGGCAAAAGAUUUCAGCUGUCCAUCACGAAAGAUAUGCCAAGUCUGUAUGUGGACCAUCAGAAAAUAACAGCAUUCGAAAGAGGAAGUGUGACUGUUAUGUGCCGCUAUAAAUAUCUAAAAGUAACAGAGUGGUGCCGGCUUGGAAGCACCUGUGUGACAGAACAGACUGGAUCAAUAGGUGGAACAACAGUGACCAUCAAUGAAACUGUCCCGAAUGUUUACAAUGUGACUAUGAGUGGACUGACGACAGCAUGCAGCGGCUGGUAUUGGUGCACCAAUGGAGACUUUCAGAUCCCAGUGCAUAUAAUGGUUCACAAAUUAGCCUCAACAACAACUGAGAAAAUUACAGUGAACACCAAAACAGCAAGGACACGCCGAACAUCUACGCAGCCUUCUUUCAAGCCAAAAACAACUUUGCCCAAAAACUCCAUCAAAAGCCCGGAAGGUGGAGAGAGCCUGCAAGAUGAACUGGAGAGCUCCACUACGGUUAUGAUCGUCGUUGCCCUCGUCUUACUGCUCUUGUUAGUUGCUGCAGCCUUUUUUGUAUGGUGGAGGAUAAGACAUAAAACAACCCAGCCUGGGGCGUCAGACACCACGAUGGGCUCAGACACCGCAAGUGAUCCUGAUCUGCUCUAUUCCACCAUCUGUCAUAAUAAACGUAAAGCAGCCCACAUGAAGCAGAAUCGUAGACCUGAAGACAGCAUGACAUACAGUACCAUUGUGUUGAAGGAUUGUGUUCAACAAGAGAUUCAACCAACAGAUGGAAGUGUGAUCUACAGCACAAGGCUUUUACUGACCCGUAUUUGUGAAACCACACUGCUGAAGAAGCACAUUCAGCUGAUGUGUAAGUCCUUGCUCGUACACAGAAUAUCAGGAAGUAGGACCAGAGUCUUGCAGUGCACUGGUUCAUGUAGUUUAUUCUGCUCCCUCAGCGACAUGGCUUUUCAAAUUAGCUUCCUUUUUAUCCUCGCUGGACUAACAGGAAUUGACAGCAUAUCAACAGUCAGUGUAGUAUCAGUAAAAGCUGGAGAUUCAAUUUCCAUCCCAUGUCUGUAUGGAGCACAAUACAAAAACCAUGUGAAAUAUCUGUGUGAAGGAUACAGAUGGGACACCUGCUCAUCUAAAGUGACAACAAACAAACCCAAUUCAAACAAGUUUUCGAUCUUUGAUGACAAAAAGCAAAGAACCUUCACAGUGACUAUCAAAGAUGUGACUGGUUCUGACCUUCAUUACUGGUGUGCUGUGGAGAUACGCAAAGGGCCAGAUGUUGGAAAGUAUUUUGAACUGUCAGUCACUAAAGAUACACCCAGUCUCUAUGUGGAUCACCAAGAGUUAAGAGUCUUUGAAGGAGAUCCCAUCGAGAUCAACUGUCACCAUAGUAUCCCCGGGAGAAAUGAGUGGUGCCGCCUUGAUGGGUCCUGUGUGACAAAUUCAGCUGGAUUGCUCAAUGGAGCGAUUGUGACCAUCAUUGCGAGGUCCAGUGAAUAUUUCACUGUGACUAUGAGUGGACUAAGGACAGAGAGCAGCGGCUGGUAUGUGUGUGUCAAAGGAGACUUUACGAUGCCAGUGCAUAUAACUGUCACUGAGCAACCUCUUAUCAUUUCUACUUUGGGAAACCCAGCAACUACCACAGUUGACCACAGUGCUGGUCCAGAGAAGUUCCUCAUCCCUUUGAGCUUGUUGAUCCCCCUUGCGAUAGCAACUUUGAUCACCUGGUUCCUGUUAAAAAGACAUAAGAACACCAGAGCAGAAUCUUCAGCAACAACGACUGCAGCGGAAGUAACAUACAGUACUGUAACCAUGAGGAGUAAACCUUCAAGCCAGGCUCAAGAGGAAAUAACAAACAGUUAUUUCAAGCAUGGGUCAGAUCCGGGGAGUGAUGUGAUAUACAGCUCUGUGGUAAUAUUGGACCAAACAAAAGGUUGAAGGAAAAGUUUUGCAGGCAAAGGGGCUUUUAGAGAAAUGCUGAUGGAGUGUCCCUUUAAGGAUUUUUUUUAUAGUUAUACACUUAUUCAGUUUUCCUAUUUUUCAAGUACAUUUUCAAGAAUCACACAUUUUUGACCCCAAAAAAUAAUGUACCCAACAUCAAAUUGAAGCCUGGAGUCGUUAGCUCACCCACAGAUUCACUAUAUACGGUAUCAUGGAAGCCAGGGAAAAUCUAUUACUAUUCAGAUAUUUGUAGACUGUAUCUUAACAGUUCAUAUUUCCGCUUAACAACUGAGCGAAUUGCAUUUGCUGUGACUGAAAAUGUGGCUGACUUCCCUGUAAGUGGGAAACAUUAUGAUGGUAUUUUAGAGCUGUUGAAGGCUAAUGCUGUGGAAGCUUUAUUAUUUCUGUUGCUGCUAAAUAACACAUUUCAGUGAAUGCUCUGUUCUGGUUCUGGUAUUUUAUUCUAAAAGUAUGUAUCCACUGGGCCUCAUCCCAAAGUCUAAAAUACAUUUUAAUCUGCUGGAGUUCUGUCAUUAGAGGUAUUUAUAAGCAUCAUCCAACAUGCUACAAAUGUCUUACAGAUGGAAAAGGAAAGGUUUUUCAGGAAGUAGAAAAUCAGCCCAUCUGUACCAUUCUAGUUUUAUAGGCUAUUACCCGUACACCUCACUCACCAACAUAGCUGUUCAUAUGUGCUUUUUAUUCAUUCUCAUAUAGCUCAGUUAUCUAUAAUAUGUAACAAUUUAAGGAAAUUCUUACAGUGGACCUAUAAGUAAUACUCUGCAAGUGGUGUCAUGAUCACAUUUUGAGAAAAGGAAGGGUCAUAUAGGCAAGAAGGGUGCAGAAGAGCAGCAUUGUGAGGGGCUUUGUGAGCUUAUGUUUGUUCAAAUGUUAAAGUAAUUUAAUAAAGUAUUAUGAAAUUGUUGGACAAAAUAUCCAUACAUUUAUAA